AGAGAGAGAGUAGUGGGGGGGUGAUGGGUGAGAGUGUUUGUGUGUCAGGCGGUAUUCCUGCUCGUCUCGCUCCACCAGUUAAGUUAAAUCAGAGGCAGCCACUGGCACACUGCGGUGGUCUCUCUGUGUCUCUGCCUGUCCUGCUCUGAAAGCAUCAGCAGCCUCCUGCUUCUGCACCACAGGACUCGCUGAGGCCCUCGCCCAAGGCCUGUAUCAGUCACCACAGACGCACCCUGCCGACAGGGCCCCCUGUUUAAAAGUCCCGGGAUCUGGCACUAAAAAGGGAAAAUGCAGAAUAUAACGGCAGGAGCGACAGAAGGGAUCGAUCUGACAUGCGGCAUGUCUGGGAGCCAUGAAUUCAUCUUCACCCUGGUACCCAUCGUCUACGGCUGUAACUUUGUCAUCGGCAUCGUGGGAAACAGCAUGGUGGUGGCUGUCAUCUACUGCUACAUGAAGCUCAAGACGGUGGCCAACAUUUUCGUGCUCAAUCUCGCCAUUUCUGAUCUCACCUUCCUCAUCACUCUGCCCAUGUGGGCCACCUUCACCGCCACAGGCUACCACUGGCCCUUCGGAGGAUUCCUCUGCAAGGCCAGCGCAGGGCUGGUGAUUUUCAACCUCUACACCAGCAUCUUCUUCCUCACAGCGCUCAGCAUCGACCGUUACCUUGCCAUCGUCCUCCCGGUGCGAUCGCGCCGGUUCCGCACCGUGGUGUAUGCGCGCAUCACCUGUGUGGUGAUCUGGCUUUUUGCCUUUGUGCUCAGUGUGCCCACAGCGCUGACCAGAGAUGUCCACAACAUCACAAACUCUAACACCACGGUGUGUGGCAUUCUGCACCCAAACAUUGAAAACGACAAGAGGUUGAAGGAGCUCCUGCUGGCCAUCAGCCUGAUGAAAAGCCUGCUGGGCUUCCUGGUGCCCUUCAUUAUCAUCAUCACAUGUUACUGCCUCAUCGGCCGGGCGCUGCUGGGGGCGAGGCACAUCCAGAAAAGCUCUCGUUCUCGCGAUGACGAGGUACUGCGCAUGCUUGCCGCGGCUGUCCUGGCAUUCUUCCUUUGCUGGGCGCCCCAUCAGGUGUUCCACUUAAUGCAGGUGCUCACCCAGCUGAUACUGGUGGAGAACUGUGCCAUCCUGGAAAUCAUUGACACCGCCAUGCCCUUCACCAUCUGCAUUGCCUAUUUCAACAGCUGCGUGAACCCGAUUGUGUACGGCUUCGUUGGGCACAACUUUCGCCGAAACUUACUGCGCCUGUUGCGUUGCUCGCCGGGCGGAGCGACAGGGCCUCACCCGAGCAUCAGCUCCAAGAUGAGCGCCCUCUCUUUUCGUGCCUCUGAGGCCCUGAGCCUCACGGCCAAAAGUAAAGCCUCCUCUGACGUUAAGUGAGGACAACCUAAAGAAAGAGGGUACGAGUUCACUCUCCCCGCUCUUUUGGUCUGUGGUUAAGGGGCCGGGGAUGGAGACAUUCCAAGCUUUUUAAAACCCCAACUGUAUUACCAAGCACUGAACCAUGCAGAAUGGUUGAAAUGUUGUAUUCAUGUCCCUCUGUAAGUAUGUCCAAGAGACAUUCACUACCUUGUGCAAUGCUUAUCUGCAGAAUAAUUAUUCAUAAGCCAUCACAUGUGACACAGCACUCACACUCACCACAGAAAUGUGGUGAAGUAUAAAAUAAAAUCCAGGACUGACUAUAUCAAUGGAGUAUUGUCCUGUUAGAAAAGACUAUCCAUAGUUACAGAUUGCUUAUCGCUUAUAUAUUUAUCCAAGAUAUGCAUGUACUGCAGGAUUUUGUGCCCACCUCAGGAAACAGUGCAGUAAUAUGUUGUCCAGUGAUAACCAUUCUGUGUGCUCAGCAGGUCGUUCGCCAGUUGGAACAGUGAUAAAGUGCUCGGCGAAGAUGCCACAGCUUAAAAAAAAAAUUAAAAAAAUCAUAAUCCACCAUGCAUGCUCUGCUAGCAGCUGUAUACAUGGAACAGUUGGAAAAGUGUAGCAAAAAUGUGAUGUGAGUUUAUAACGGUUAACAACAUAUUUGACUGAUAACUAGUGCCUGUAUGCUAUAUGUGGUAAUGUCAAAGGAUGUGCUCCUUGUAAUGUACUAUAAAUGUUGCAUAAUAAGAAUGAAAUGCUGAAACGUUGCCUUCUCUGGGAGUCACAUGCUGUAUAAGAGUGCUCCACAAACACUCCAGGUAGGGUGAUCAUUGUCAGUAUCUCUGUUGGUUGUCUUUGUGGUAUUUAUACAUGUUGAUAGAUUUUUUCCCCUACUCUGUAAGUGUACAAUUUGUGAACAUAUGAAUAAAAAUGAAACAAUCCACA